AUGGCGAUAGAGGCCGAGCUGCAACCAACAAAAACGGGGACGCUGGCCCUUUUUUGCAUAACAACUCUAGAACUGGUACCCGAAAGCUUGCAAUCAUGGGCACGCAAAGUUCUCGCUUGGCUCAUCUCCUCUUUCCGUUCCCUCACUUUCUCUGAGCUGGAGUUGGUCUCAAAUCUCUCAUCAGGUCUGGACCAGAGCAUGGGCAACUACCGUUCAGAUGAUGAAUUCAGGGAGAUGCACGAGCCUCGGUCUAAAGUUCUUCAGUACAUCAGCGGCCUGAUUGAUGUUCCAAACGCGGAAGCACGUUUGAUCUUCAACCCAAGUGUCGUUACCUCGUCUGGGACAUGGUAUCACUACUCUGCGGACGCACAAUGCCACGAGUUGAUUGCUGAGAUGAGCCUAGACCACUUGCGCCGCGAUCCAGUGCGACAGACGUUGCAGUAUCUGACGAAAUUACCCAGCAUGUCUCGUUGGCGCAAUGCUGAGAAUACUCUGCACUUGUACACCGCAAGAUAUUGGUCAGACCACUACAACCUCGCCAACAAAGAUCAUCAACCCCAAGAACUGGUGGCUGGGGUUACAAAGUUUCUUCAAAGCCCUGAUCUACGCGAGGCCUGGUGGCCUGCAUACACGAAUAUCCGUGGUAUGCCGAGGGCGGAAGGCCGCCAGCUCACGGGUCCUUUGACUGUUGUGGCGGGCGCGGGAUUUGAGGGGUUGCUCGAUAAUUUUCUUGAACAGCAUGAGGCACUAGAUCCCAGUGCUCUGGCAGAGUCGAUCGUGGAAGCAUCGAAAAAUGGGAAUAUCCAUGCACUUCGUACCCUCCUAAACGCUCAUACAACCCUGGAGACGGACACUGUGAAUGUUGCCAUAAAAGCAGCAGAAUCCAACUCCAAUAGUCUUGUUCUGCUAGAGCUCUUGCAUUGUCACUCUGCUGAUAAUCUCUCUGGUGAAAGUAUUGGUAUAGCACUGCGCGUGGCCUGUCUCUUGGGUCUGGACAAUGUGAUGAAGUUCUUCACCGAGUCGACAGUUCUGGAGGCUCAUCCAUCGCUUAUGUCGAAUGUCCGUCCGCUCUGCCUUGCAGCAAAGUCACACUCUGCUGGGGUUGCUCAGCUGUUAUGUGAUACUGGUAUCGACACAGUUGCUGGGGAUGGUGGCGGAUCGACUACGUCGACUCCCUUACAUACCGCCGCCUUCUGUGGCUCACUUGGAGUGGCCGAGAUUCUACUCCGCGCAUCUAUAGAAAUCGGUGCGAAGAACACAGAUAAUAUGGCAGCGUUACAAAUUGCCUACGGUGAACCCUGGGCCAUCUCUCCUCUUCACGACGCAGUUACCAUGGCUAACUUGGAAAUGGUCAAGCUCAUGCUGGAGUUCAAGGCGACCAUUGAUCAGCCGGAGCCGGCCACCGACAAGACACCGUUGUAUGUGGCAGCGUCUGACGGCCAGACUGAUAUCGUCCGCUGUCUGUUGGAAUGCGAAGCGGAUGUUAAUUGGCGUGAUACAGAUGGCCAGACGCCUCUACAUUAUGCGGCGGCGAGAGGACACCUGGAACUCACCCGGCUACUGCUCGAGUCCGGCGCGAAGCCGAACAUCGAGGGACUGUAUAAGUGGCGUCCGCUACAUUACGCGUACGACCUUCCCGAUGUAGCAAGGCUGCUGCUAACAAAUGGCGCCGACAUCAACGCUAUAUGCGCCGGCGGUUCGCCUCUCUACAUCGCAACCGCUAAGAACAACCAAGCUGAGGUGGUCCGGAUUCUCCUGACCCAUGAUGAUCCCCCGCCCAAUCUUCACUACGAACAGGAUGGCUGGGGCGGACGUCAACCGACCGAUCGAGGGAAAAUGGGCACCGCUCGCGGUGCCAUCAACGGGAAUCAUGAGGCCAUCGUGGGGAUGAUCCCGGACUAUCAGCCCAAGUUGGACCGGAAGAAUGACAGCGGGUACAGGCUCCUGUACUACAUCUCCUCGGAAGUGUCGGUUUCACUCGCUCAGCGCCUCAUCAAUCGCGGCGCUGAUCCGGAAAUCACCAAUAGUGACGGCGCCGACCCGAUCUGGGUGGCAGUCGAAACAGAUAAUCAGCCUCUCGCGCAGUAUCUGGCGUUCGUCGUGAAGGUGAAGCUCAAUAUAUCCGUCGGGGAGGACGCGGUGUUACACUACGCAUGUCGGCGCGGCAGCCUGAACAUGGUCAAAAUCCUCACCGACGCCGGAGCAAACGUCAAUCUCGACUGUAGGGGACUCUGGGGCACCCCGUUGCAAGCCAGCUUCUUUCGACAGGAACCAUCCACCGAUACCCUGGAGAUUCUGCAGUGUCUGAUCGAGAAGGGUGCUCAGGUCAAUGCAGAGGGCGGCACGCUGUACUCUGCACUCCACGCGGCAUGUUUGCAAAGCACGCCGAGGGCCAUCGAAUUGCUCAUAUCGGAAGGUGUCAAUGUCGACGCGAAAGACUCACGCACGGCAUUGCACUACGCCGUAGUCAGUGGGGAUGUGGACCUGACCCGCCAGGUUCUCGACAGCCACAAGCGCCAUCCCGAGCACAGGGACACGUACCGUCAACUUGUUGAUGCCGACGGGUGGACGCCGUUGCACUGGGCAGCCAGAACCCCCAAAGUAGGCUACGGCGAUGCGAAAGAUAUGGUCCCCGUCAUCGAGUACCUGAUUGGAGAAGGCUACGACCUUACCGCAAAAGGGAAGGCCAUGGAUCAAGAGUGGACCGCCCUGGAUGUCGUGGUCUAUCACGCUGUCGAUGAACACAUCAAACUCCUCCUAGUCCCGGUGAAAGAAGGUGAGCCUCUUACAUUGACACAAAAGCGACCUGGAAAGCCACAUGAAGGUGCCUUCUGCGACAUCUGCUUGCUUUGUCAAGCUUCGAGGCGACAUCUACAUCCGGGGCAUGAAUUCUCGCCAACAUCUCAGGAGUACGGUUCAGAGGUUGAGGAGUGGCAGCCCCCAAGUCAAUAUGUCCGUUUAGAGAUCCCCAAAAUGCAUCCUCAACUAGAACAGUUUGCUUCCCCAAGGUUUGAUGAUGAGGUGGUGCUCGAAUUCUCGGACUCGGAUGACAACGGCGACGACGACACGCAAGCGCAGUUUUGA